GCUGCAUCCUCGCUCACGCCUUAAACUUGCCCACCCGCUGCACGGCCUAGCAUCCUCGCUUCCCGACUUCGUCUCGCCGCGUCUUUCCAGCCGGCAUCUCCUCCUCCUCCACCUCGUCUUCCCUCUCUGCGUCCUUUUCCCGUCUUCCUUCUACCUUUUCUUUCCUCAUCCUCAUCGCUCCGCCUGGCUGGUGCAACCCUCCGCAUACGCCAGAAACGCUCGCACUCCUGCACUACAGAGACACGGACGCUGACUCCCGUCUACGCUCGACGCACGCACGCACGCACGUACAACCCAACAUACAAACACACACUUACGCAUCGCCUCGAAAAAGGCUGUUUGCCUGUCUGCUUCCCACUUACUUUUUGCAGGGGUCCUCGUGCGUCCUUGCAAUGAUCUGACGCCGCCUCGGAAGUAUCUCUUCCUCCUUGUUGCGCCUCCACUGUGCACGCCUGCAGCGAGCUCGUUUUGUUGCUUGCUGUCUGUCCCUCACGGCUGCACCGCUCCAGUGAUUCCGAGCUCACUCUGAUAAUCCCGCCGUACUCCGCGACCGGGGCCAGGUGGAGCCCCUUCAUCCGCAACGCUGGCUGAUCAGUCGUGAGUGAUCACUUUUCGAGCCAUCCUUCAACCCGUCCUUUCGUCCUGCAAGAAAGCUGUCACCAUUGUAUUUGCUCUUCUGCAAGCCUUUUAUUGUCGAUCUUCGAACCAUGCAGUGCGACUGAUCGCCAAUUUUUUAUUUGCCCUUUGCCUUUCCCGUCCCUUUUGUUUUCCUUCCUGCCUGGUUAACAUUUGCGCUAGCCUGUUCGCUUGCGCCCUCGGUGACGCCAGUGGCCUGCCGCGUCCCAAAAGCGCUCAGCAACUUAUAAGAGCGUCGACGGGCGCCGUCCAGACGCGCGACGAAGGGACGACCAAGCCUCUCAAGUCGUCUUCCUCCGUCUCUGCGCUCGACAAGAUGGCUGCUGUGGCUCCUCCUCCCAGUGUGCCCCAACAUCUCUUUCGGUCGGAUAGUGAAGGCAUGAACACAUUGCCAAACCCGCGCAGCACCACGCCCUCAACGCCGCUGUCGCGGUCGGAUUCCGCCACCUCGGGGCACCAUCCCGACCUAAACGACGAGAUCGCUAUGCUGAGCGCCAAACUGGUGAAAGCCAUCAACUUCCAGACGAGCCUGGACGACCAGCUGCACUCGGCUCGGGAGGAGCUCGAACGGGCGAGACGGGUCAUUGCCGAGCUCGAGGCGGCAAAAAAACAGCAUGAAGAAGCCAUCCGCGUCGGUUCGCUCGUGCGCAAGGAAGAGGUGGAAAAGAUCAAGGCGCAAUUGUACAAAGAACUUGACGCGGCUCGGAACGAGCGAUCCGAGAUGAUGAAGGAAAAGGAGAAAGCCAUCCAGGCUCUGGAAAGGGAGCAGGCCAAGCGUGCAGCGGCUGAAAAGUCGCGGAAGGAGAUGGAGCAGGAGCUCGAGAACUUGACAUCGGCGCUCUUCGAGGAGGCCAACGGCAUGGUUGCCGACGCGCGCAAGGAGACCGAAGCAUCGGAAAAACGCAACGAGUCGCUCAGGAACCAGCUGAACGACGCCGAGGUGCUCUUACGCUCCCAUCAAGAGCAGCUGCAAGACCUGAAAGCCGUCGUAGAGAAGAUCAGUUCUGAACGCGACGAGAACGAGAGCAACGUGCAGACUUCCACCGCACCCUCAACGCCUGGCAUGGCCCCACACGACAAGAUGAGCAGGUUAUUUGAAUCUGCAAAUCUGACGCCCGUCACGCCUGGCAUUGACGACAUACAACCCGACCAACCGCUAAAAUUUUCGCAUCUGAUUACCCCGGUCAUGCGAUACGAUCUGUCGGCCUUUGAGGAUUUCAAGAACCUCAUAAAGGCUGCGGCGAAGGCGACUCCAGCCCCGAGCAGGGUUGCAAGCGGUAGCUUUGGCAGUGUCAACGUGCUUGGCCUGGAGCGCUCGGACUCGACCAAGAGCUCGAAAGCUUCGUCGCCUGCUGCUCCUGUCUUCCCCACCGUGCUCAGCAGUCCGAAAAUGAGGGACUUUUCGUCCAGCGUGCCGCAGCUCAAAGAUACGCCUGUCUAUAAGAGAGCCUUGGCCGAGGACAUAGAACCGACCAUGCGUCUGGACAGCGCACCUGGCGUCGGUUGGAUGGCCAAGAGGACGAUCCUGAACAGUAUGACCGCGGGUACCCUCGUCGUAGAGCCCAUGCCUACGCCAAUGUCCAGAUUUCGCGGCCCCGUCAAUGCCUGUGCCCUGUGCGGCGAGAACCGCAAGACCGAGCCGUACCAACGCAAGCUCUGCUUCAGAGUCACCGAGACGGAAGAUGCACAACGAUACCCUCUGUGCGAUUAUUGCCUAGGCCGAGUGCGCAUGUCGUGUGACUAUAUCGCGUUCCUGCGCAUGAUUCGCGACGGGCACUGGCGUGCCGACUCGGACGAGGAGAUCAAAGCCGCUUGGGAUGAAAGCGUCAAACUCCGCGAACGGAUGUUCUGGCAGAGGCUCGGAGGUGGCGUUUUGCCUGCCUACAUGCAGAAUAAGGAGAAUCUUCGAAGUCCGACGUUUGAGCAUGCGAGCGAGUCGGGCAGGAACAGCGAGGAGGCCCAACGCACGCCGCCGCAGUUACCACCACGCCUCCCCCCACGCAACAGCGAGGACGACCCCUUCCAAAGCGAGAAGGCAACCAAACGCGUGUCCAUCGGCGAGGCUGUUGUAGCCAACAACGACGGUCAUUCCGCCGCGACCAGCACAUUGACCGCCGAAGAAGAGAAGCGCAUAGAGGAGCAGGCCGCUCAGCAGCUCCAAGAUGAAGCGCGACAUUCGUACACGUCCAAAUCUAGCGGCUCCGAGACAGUGCGGGAAGUUGACGAGCAGGACGAGAACGCCUCCACCCCGGCUAAAGACGUGCAGCGCCUCUCUCUCACGAUACCGGGGAGUUUCCAAUAAUUCUGUGCACCACUCAAAUAUAUCCGCCACAGGUAUUUUGUGGACGGCUUACUACUACCACCUAUCGAUAUCGUCUAGCAUGUCCGGGGACUUUCGGCCCACGAAGUGGCCAGUGUUCUGGACGCUUUUAAACCCUUUUUUACAUUUUAUUUCUCUGCUGCAUCCGGCUCUUCUCCUGUCUAGCGAGCCCGUGGGGGAUUAAACGCAUAAACAUCUGAUUUUGCAAUCAUAGAAUACGGAGAAGAAGGAGGGCGUUGAAGUCUUUUUGGAACGCCGUCGCCAUAGGACAUGUCUUCUCCCUCUCCCUCCCGCACAGUCUCCAUAAUCUCUCUCUCUCUCUCUCUCUCUC